UCAAAGGUGUCCCUCUGAAAUGCGUCCGUGCGGGAGCAAUAUUUGCAUCCAAGAUGGACACCGCAAAUGCUGGACAUACGAUGAGUUUAGCGGCUCUCCAGAGACAAGACCCAUACAUCAACACGUUGCUUGACGUUACCGGCCAGGUGGCCCUCUACAACUUCAACUCCAAAGUCAACGAAUGGGAAAAGACUGAAAUCGAGGGCACCCUGUUUGUCUAUACUAGGUCAGCUUCACCUUAUCAUGGCUUCACCAUCAUGAACCGACUGAGUUCACAGAACCUGGUCGAGCCAAUCAACAAAGACCUGGAGUUCCAGCUGCAGGAGCCUUUCCUUCUCUACAAGAAUGGCAACAUGGGUAUCUACAGUAUUUGGUUCUAUGACAAGAGGGAUUGCCAUCGCAUUUCUCAGCUCAUGUUGAAAAUUGUCAAACUAGAAGCUGAACAUGCCCGAAGGAAAUCGCCAGAGAAGGCGGAGCCCCGGCGGCCCAAUGGUGUGGCUGAAGCACAGCCCAGGGACAUUAUGGAGUUGCUUAGCAAAGCCAAGGAGGAAUACCAGAAGGCUCAGUCCAGGGAUGCUAAUGUAUCUACAGAGUUGAACGCCACUGGAACUUUAGAUCACAUCCACAGUUCUCAGCUGCCUGAUAAGAAAAGUCAUACAAUGGUCAAGCAGAUCACAGUGGAGGAGCUUUUUGGCUCAUCCAUCCCAAAGGACCCAUCUCUGCCAGCCAUGCCGACCCAAAACCCCACCACAGCUUCCAGCGAGCCGCCAGUAACUUACCCCCAGAACCACACCUAUCCCCCGCCAGUCCACCAAAGCCCCCUUUGUCCUCCCCUCUUUGCCACCCGGGAUCCUGGAUCAAACCAGGUUCGCCAAGAACACAACGUGCUCCCAGCAUCUUAUGCACUACAUCCAAGCAGUGUUUUCCGGCCUGCGUGCCCCGCGGCCGAGCACCGAUCUCACGGCCCACUCUUACCUCUCAUGGUGCCACCAGCAGGUUCCCAAGCUCAAACUGUUCCCACUGGCUCUGCAGUGCCAUCAGCGGCUUGCCGUGCCUAUUUGGAACAAGACCUACUAGUCCAGUCUCUGAAUGCGGAAAUCCACAAACCCAUCCUAGCACCAAAUUUCCUGCCGAGCACCCUGGUACCACCCCUCAACUUCCAAGAACGUAUGAGGGAACCAGUCCCCCAGCUCACACAAGAGAUGGAUGCUCUCGCUAAGGCCCCAAACAUAAUCAAACCUCUAUCAACCGUCUCUAUGCGUCCCGGUCUUGCACUACCUGGGUCGGAUCCUGCUGUGCUUCUGUCACCCAGCGCCUUCCAGCAGUCCCUCAGUAAGGCAGCUGCCGCGAUAGUCCCUCCACCCGCCUCAGAACUCCCAAACGCCUCCGGAGGUUCUAUGGAGGCCCCACAGCCCUCCUGCAGCAAAGCUCAGCUCCAGAAGGCUCUCAUACACCUUAUUAAGAAUGACCCGACCUUCCUCGGAGCCAUUCACGACACGUACCUGCGGAGUCUGUCCAAGGACUUCAGCAACCUGAAGCUCUGACUCUCCAACUCUCAAACAUGCCUUUCAAACCACAAGCAGCUCAUGUGAGACUGACAACAGACUCUUUGCACGAUAGGCCAUUGAGUUUUGUCAUAGUACAGGAGCACGUCCAGAAGAUGGGACUUUAUUUCCCCUUCUUUCUCAACCUGAUUCAUGGCUGAACUUUUAGGCUCUGGACUUUAAAUUUUUAUUUUUUGACACCUUAUCCUAUUGGGAGAUGCCAAUUGUCAUUUUUCUUGUUCCAGCUGUGGAUACUACAGCAACAUAGUUUUGUCUUUAUAAAUCUCUGUAAAUGCAGGGAGCUCUUUGGUGUUUUGUUGUGAACAAACUGAAAAACAAAGUCUAGUUUUUAAAGCUACUUUUCAGAAAGCACACCGAUCUAGUUAUUUUCCCUCCACUUUCUUUUUUGUUUGUGUCCAGCCAGCCAUUACAUUUUCAGUACAUUUUAAGAUAGUGGCUCGGUUGUGGUAAUAGUCAGUAAAGCUGGCAGUAAAUGAUCCAAAUGUUUACAUUGACUUGGAGUCAAGCAAAAUGGAUUUUUAGUGAAUAGUGUUGUCUAUGACUUUAAAAUCAGUUGUUAAAAUGUUAUGCCAGUCAUCCCAAAUGUCUUAAUGUUAUAUAGGCCAGGAGCGCGACUUGUCACAUAACGGAAGUUUUGAACCUAACGUCAAAGAAUGUUUUAUAGCCAAGUAGCACAUGAAGCCCAGAUUUUCGUUGAAAAAAUGGUGAAAACAAAAUGUAGCGAUUAUUAAUCAUACAACAUAUGUAUCCACACAGUAAUACUUUUAAGGUUUCAGUAGUCAGAUGUCCGAUUGAGUUAAGUUUUGGAAAACUAUAAUUAUUUUUCUUUUUUCUGACCAAAAUGUAGAGGUGUUUUUGUAAUUUUUGUUAUUCUGGGUAUUCUCGUUAUUAAAAGAAUGUGACAAACAUUA